CUCCAAGUUCCAGUAAUUUGUUGAUUAUUAACAGCUCAGUGGCGCAGUGGGUUUAGCGCGUUGGGCUCAUACACAUCUUGUGAAUGAGUUUACCCGAAGGUCGACGGAUCGAGGCCGUCCUGAGCUAUUCUUUUUUUCUUUCUCCUGUUGGAGACCGCCGAGUGGAUCAGAUCUAUGAAUCACUCACAUACAUGGUAACAUUAACAUUUAUAUCUCGUCAUUAUGAACGCCCUGUGACUUGCAAUUAUUAGCGUCGGCUUUUUUUUGGGUCAUAUGCCUCAUGGUUCUCAUCAUCUCAUGAAGUCUUCUGCUGCUUUUGUCUGUAUGACAGUAGGGGUAUGGUUCAUUGCCUGUCUAGUUUUCUCCAAGUCUCUUGAAACUAUCUUAGGACCCAAUGUCGAUAUCUCGCCAUAUGACUGUGGCGAUAAGCCUCCCUAUUCAUAUAUAGUAUCUCCAAUAUUCCUGGAGUCUCGCUUCCUUUCCCCUAACCCCCGGCCAGAGCUUCGGAAUAUAAGUCGAAUCACGGUCUCUAAAUCAUCUUACGGCACCGUACUCCUACUCCGAAUGAUUGUUAUCGCUAGAGAGUGUGUCACGGUGUCACAGAUAGCCAUGGGAUCUUGGAAUGUGCAAGAUUGUUAAAGCCAACUAAACAGGAGAGGUCCAAUUUACAACUAGUCUACCUGCGUGUUUUGAUUUUGGUAAAGUAUUUAGUCCCUAGUAUCCCCUGAA